AAAUAAAAAAAGAGAGUAAAAGAGGCCACAAACAAGUCAGUAUCCCACGUGCAUCUGGGAACUCGACCCCUCUCUCUGCCACAACCCUCUCCUCUUUCUCCUUCUUCAUUUCUUCCAUUUCUCUCUCUCUCUCUCUCUCUCUCUCAAAAGAAGAGACACAAAUAAUACUGAAAGCUCAAAGCUUUCCCAUCUCUCACACACAGAAACAGAGCCCAACUUAAAAGAAAAAAAAAACAGAGGAAGUAAGUUUUGGUCUGGUCAGAGCAAUGGUGGAAGUGAAAGAUCAAGACAUGGGUGAUGGGAUGCAAUGUAUAAACCAUCCAUUUACUAAAAACCCAGGUGGGAUCUGUGCUUUUUGUCUCCAAGAAAAGCUUGGGAAGCUCGUCACUUCAUCUUUCCCACUCCCUAAACACCUCGCUUCCUCUUCUUCUUCUUCAUCUCCUUCCUUCAGAUCUGACUCUGUAGGUAGCACAACCACUGCCUCCGCCUCAAAUCUUUCAGCUUCUCUCUCUCUUUCCGUUUCCGGAGCUAGAAAUGUCGCAAACAACAACAACAAGCUUCCAUUUUUGCUGGCUAAGAAGAAGAAGAAGAUGCUUACAACAGCUUCUUCCUCCACUACGGCGAAUAUAGUCUACAAGAGAAGUCAAUCAACGAGGACGACGAAGACAUCGUACGGCGAUUCAGAUUUGAGCCCUAGAAAGAGGAAUGGGUUUUGGUCUUUUCUUCAUCUCUACUCUUCAAAACACCAUAGUAGCAGCAAAAAAGUUGGAAGCUUUAACCAACCCUCAAGCCAGAACGAAACGAAAACAGAGUUGACAGAGUCUACGACAGUGGGAUCUUCUUCGUCUUCUUCCUCAGCUUCUUCUUCGAUGUCAAAGAGAGCAGGGAAUGGAGUUGGUGGGAGUAGUGGUAACAGAAACGGCAUUGAUGUGAUUGUAGAAGAAGAUGGGAGCCCUAACAUUGAAGUCACACCAAGUGAGAGGAAAGUGUCAAGAUCUAGAUCUGUUGGUUGUGGAAGCAAAAGCUUCUCUGGUGAUUUCUUUGAGAGGAUUACAAAUGGGUUUGGAGAUUGUACUUUGAGAAGAGUUGAGUCACAGAGAGAAGGUAAUAAUAACAAAGCCAAGGUUAGUAACAGUAGUAGUAAUAGUAACCCUAGUAAUGGUGUGAGGGAGAUGGUGAGAUGUGGUGGGAUCUUUGGUGGGUUUAUGAUAAUGACAUCAUCAUCGUCUUCUUCAUCUUCAUCGUCAUGGGUAUCAUCAUCAUCUGCUGAACAUCAUCACCAACAUCAACAUCAUCAUCAUCAUCAUAAUCAUAACAUGGGUCAUGGUGGAGGAAGGAACAGAAGCUGGGGUUGGGCAUUUGCAAGUCCAAUGAGAGCUUUCACUUCUUCUUCCUCUGGUAAAAGAGGUCGUACAAUUUCAGAUUCUACAACAAGCAAGAACACAACUCCAAACUUGGGUGCAAUUCCUUCUUUGUUAGCCGUGAGUAGCUGAGUAAUAAAACUUUAAUCUUUGUGUUCCAAUAAGUGCUUUUUUAUUAAUCUUUGAAACAAGAAGAAUACAGUAAUAAUUAAUUAGUUAUCUUUUUAAUCAAUGUGUUUAUUAUCUUUUUAGGUGUUCUUGAAACAUUUGUUGAUGAGUUUUUGAUAAUCCUAAUAGUAUUGUAAUGUUACACUACUCUCCCUUCUAUGUUCAUCAUCA